AUGCAGUCUCGUAACUUUUGGUUGCAUAUGAUUCAAGCAGAGGUGUUCAAGCAAGAACUUUACUUACUCAAGUCAAACAAGAGGUUAUCAAGAAACAGCGCUCUGAUAUCAUUAAAUCCAUUCCUAGACGCAAAUGGUCUACUCCGCGUUGGCGGAAGAUUGGAGCAUUCUCAUCUACCAUUUCAAUCCAAACAUCCAGUUCUACUAGCUGAUCAUCCAAUUACUACAAUGCUCAUUCGCUACACGCACAUAGCCUCGCUGCACGCCGGUCUUCAGUCUACCCUGUCUAAAAUUCGCCAAGAAUUUUGGAUUAUAAAAUCUAGGCCUUUAGUUAAAUCAGUUAUCUACAGGUGCGUUCGAUGCACGCGAGAAAGAGCUCAGGUAGCCAAUCAGUUAAUGGGUCAACUCCCAUCAACUCGAGUCUCAACGCCAACGAGGGCGUUUUUGCACAGCGGCAUCGAUUAUGCCGGUCCAGUGCUCAUUCGAGCCUCUGCUGGUCGAGGAAUCACCUCACGAAAGGCUUACAUAGCCGUUUUCAUAUGUUUGGCAACUCGAGCCAUUCAUCUCGAGUUGGUCAGCGAUUAUUCAACGCCAGCAUUUUUGAACGCAUUUCAACGAUUUUGCGCCAGACGAGGCUUGCCAGCAGUUAUGUAUUCGGAUAACGGUACAACAUUCACAGGAGCCGAUAAAGAGCUAUCCCGCGCGUAUCGGGAUGCUCAACGCAAUACGGAUUUUCUCAAUUUAAUCGCAACAGAUAGGAUCACUUGGAGUUUCAUCCCGCCUCAUGCUCCUCAUUUUGGAGGACUAUGGGAGGCAGGAGUGAAGAGUGUCAAACACCACCUUCGUCGAAUUGUAAGCUCACACGCAUUGACAUUUGAGGAGUUCACGACAGUGUUGUGCAAAAUUGAGGCUAUCCUCAACUCAAGGCCGCUUUCUCCACUCAAUGAUACUCCAGAUGACUACGAGUUCCUGACCCCAGGUCACCUUUUGAUUGGGACUGCCAUUACUACGAAUCCGGAACCUUCCGUUCUACAAUUGAACGAAAACAGAUUGUCGCGAUGGAAUGACGCCUAUCGUAUUCGGCUGUAA